AUGGCCUAUACUGAAGAACAUAAAGAAUUGUUUGGUACUCACAUGUUCUCUGAGGAAGCUGAAGACUGCUGGGAUAACACUCGCCAGAGACUAGAAGUUGUUGGUGCUGAGAUCACUUGGGUUGUGUUCAGGUUGAAAUUCUUAGAGAAAUACUUUCCUAAAGAUGUCUGUAGCAAGAAGGAGAUUGAAUUCCUUGAGCUUAAGCAAGAAAACAUGACGGUUUCUGAAUAUGUUGCCAACUGUGGAGGGAUCAAAUGCAUUAAUUUUGAGAACAGACUACGACCUGAGAUUAAGCAGGGAAUUGGCUACCAAGAGAUUCACAGGUUUCCUACUCUAGUGAACAAGUGUAGGAUUUAUGAUGAGGACUGUAGGGCUCGUUCCACUUACUACAAGAAUGUUCGUGAGAGGAAGGGAAAGAACCAGUUUAGGGGAAAACCUUAUAGUUCCCUAGAGGAAAAAGGGAAGCAGAGGACUACAGAUGAGAAGAAGCCAAGUGGGGGAGUGACUCCCAUUUCUGUCAAGUGUUUCAAGUGUGGCGAGUCGGGCCACCAUGCUAAUGAGUGUAAGAAUAAUAUUCUGGGAUGCAUUAAAUGUGGUAAGACAAGUCACCAUGUUAUGGAUUGA